GAACAAUGUCUGGAGAUUCACCAGUCCAGAAGAAGUUCUUGCGAUAUUUCUGGUGGAGUUAAGACUAAUGACAGAAGCACGUCUGAAACGACCGAUAAGAAAUGUAGUGCUUACCGUUCCAGUUUCGUUCAGUCGUUUCCAGCUGACCCGCCUAGAGCGUGCUUGUGCGAUGGCUGGUCUUCAUAUUCUCAGGUUAAUGCCUGAACCAACAGCAGUGGCAAUGUUAUAUGGACAGCAGCAACUGAAAGCUUCUCAGGAAUCUAUGGGCAGUGGAAGUGAGAAAAUUGCUCUCAUUUUUAAUAUGGGUGCUGGUUUUUGCGACGUUGCUGUGACUGCUACCGACGGAGGAGUAUCCCAGAUAAAAGCCUUGGCAGGAAGUACUGUUGGCGGAGAAGACUUGCUUCAGAAUAUGAUGCGGCAUCUGUUACCGGAUUCUGAAAAUAUUUUCAAGAGUCAUGCGGUCAAACAAAUCGAGUCAAUGGCAUUGCUUCGAGUUGCAGCCCAGGAUGCAAUUCACCAGCUUUCGUCUCAAAUCAGUGUUCAGGUCGAUGUAGACUUGGGAGAUGGUUUGAAGGUAUACAAGGUUGUUGACAGGGCGGAGUUUGAGGAGGUGAAGGAAAUCAGGCAGCAGAAGAAAAUCAUUUGUUGGGAUAUUUAAAGAUAAUCGGAAUAC